CCGUUCGUUCUGUUCUUCGAUGAUGGAUCACGUUUCAUUGAGUUGGACGAUCGGUGGAAUUUUUACGUCCUGUAUGAGAAGUACAGCUCUGCAAGCAGUCCGAAUAAACGCUUUGCUUUCGUUGGCUACAUGACGGUUUACAAAUUCUACACCUAUCCGGAGCACAUUAGGCCUAGAGUGAGCCAGUUAGUGAUCCUGCCACCCUUUCAGGAAAUGGGUCAUGCUACUCGUCUGCUUGAAACAGUCUACGAACACCUGACUCCACUCCCCGAAGUUGUUGAUAUUACUGUCGAAGACCCCUCCGAGGAUUUGAUACGACUUCGUGAUUUCCUCGACUGCAAGCGCUGUCUCCAAUUGGCUGAGUGCGCUGAAAUUCUCUGUGAAAAAAAGACGGAGGUGCAGGAUGGCGGAGAAGACGCGCCACCCAGCGCGAAGCGAAGACGUCAAAGCACCACUGUGGUCGAGGGUCAAAGUGCUUCUGCUGCAACUCGCUUCUCUGAUGUCGCAAGGAAACGGCUCAAGUUGUCCCGCGCCCAAUCACGGCGCGUCUACCAGAUUCUCACAUUUUUCCUCCUCGUCAGGGAGAAACCGGAGGCCGUGCGGGCCUACCACAGGGCGCUUCUCGAACGUACGCGUAUCACACACGUAAGUAUCAACUGGUAA